AUGCUUGAUACCAGAGAAGGCGAGCGGGCAGUGUAUCGUUUACUCAGAGCGCGUCAUCGCUUAACGUUGGAUAUGGAGCACACCAAGAUCGUUAGCGGAGCUGAUGGAGCCGUUCUGCGCCGCUCUGGUCAGAUCCUGGAGAGGUGGCGAGAGUACUACAAUCACUUGUGUAACGAAGAGUUCUGUUAUCCUCCCAUCCCAACUGUUCCCAGCGUCGAGGGUCCUGUUCUACCAAUUAGCGCCGUCGAAGUCAGUGCUGCCCUCGCAAAAAUAAAGUCGAACAAGGCAACGGGUCCUGAUGACGUACUUGCUGAUGUCUGGAAGCUGCUAGGAGAUCGAGGGUCCGUGUGGCUCGCAACUCUAUUUAACAAAAUCGUUGCAGAAGGACGGACUCUAGACGUUUGGCACUGCACUUCGUACGGGUCUAUACGACUGCCGUGCCAUACGAUGAAGGUUUUUGGGCGUGUCCCGGAAGCUCGUCUGAGGAAAAUUGUUAGCGUUUCACUCAACCAGUGCUGCUUUGUGAAGGAUUGCAGCACUAUAGAUGCUAUCCAUGCUGUCCGUAUCCUCCUGGAGAAACAUCGAGAGAAGAACCGCAGUGUGCAUCUUGCUUUUCUCCAUCUCGAGAAAGCUUUCGACCGUGUCCCUCAUGAGCUGUUAUGGAUGUCCAUGAGGUCGCAUAGAGUACCAGAAGAAUAUGUGCGGUGGACAAAGCUGCUUUAUGUGAAGCCUACCAGCGUUGUGCAAUGUGCUGCUGGAACAAGCAGGCCAUUCCCUGUACAAGUUGGGGUUCAUCAGGGUUCGUCCCUCUCACCCCUGUUGUUCAUACUGUGCAUGGACACGAUAACGAAGGAAAUCCAGAAGCAGCAUCCGUGGACCCUACUCUUUGCCGACGAUGUCAUGCUUGCGUCGGAGCCUCUAGAUGAUCUUCAGAAACAAGUACAGUCUUGGAAGGAUCGGCUGCAGCAAUAUGGAUUGCGCCUCAACACAUCAAAAACUGAAAAAAUGGCAACAGAUGUACUGUACGACCAGAAAGUCCCUGUUCGACUGAAGUCGAAGAUCUACAGGACGGUUGUGCGUCCUGUUGCUCUUUACGUAUGCGAGUGCUGGAUGACGACGAAAGCCUUAGAAAGAGUGUUGCACGCUAUGGAGAUGCUGAUGUUGAGGUGGACGAUAGGUGUAACGCUAAAAGAGAAAGUAUCCAACGACACUGUACGCUCCAUCUUCGGCGUCGUCCCGAUAACUGAGAAGGUGAAAGAGGCGCGACUGAGAUGGUUUGGUCACGUCUUGCGGCGAGAGGAAGAUUCUGUUGCCAAGACCGCUCUGAAGCUCGACGUUUCAGGAGUGAGGCCGCGUGGGAGGCCAAAGAUUCGCUGGUUAGACCGUGUGAAGCUGGAUAUGAUAGAUGCGCGUUUGUGUACGGCUGAGGCAAUGGAUAGAACCAAAUGGAAGACAAGAAGCAGAAAGGCGGACCCUGCAACAACGCGGGACAAACGCUAG